AUGAAAACGUUUUUUAAAAAUAUAUUGUCGAAUAAAAUUAAAAUUAUCACGCUUUUACCGUGUAGCUUUAAUUCACCGAUUAGAUGGUUUUCUGCCAAAGCAGUGCAACAAUCCAUUAAUAAUACUGACGAAAAGUCUUUAGCAUCUAUAUCUCAGGUGAUUUCUUGUUAUGAAUUAUUGUUUAAUAUGUUUAGUAAACUAAUUGUUUUUUUUUUCUGUAGAAUGAAGACCUUGAUAAACUAUAUAAAACCAUUGAAUUCGAAUGUCGUAGUAAUGAUCCAGCAGUAUUGCGAAGUUACACUCAUUUCACAACAAUGGCAGCAAAUGAAUUAGGAAUUCAAGUUGGAAAAUGGUAUGGAAAAUAGUAUUUACUUGUCUGUUUAUUUUUAUUUGCUGAUGUAUGCAACUCUAUACUAAAUGAAAUUAAUUCUAAAAUAAAAAUUAAAUAAUUUUGGGUGCUCUUCACUGGUCUUCAUUUUCUUAUCAAUGAAUAAAGCUGUAUAUUAUACUAUUUUUUCUAUUGUAUUUGCCCAAGAUAUUUAUACUUGUUAAUUGGAUAGGUUAGGUUGAAAAAAAUGUUUAUUACCUUUAUAUAAUUGUAUAUAUUUGUUACUAUCAUAUGUUCGGAAAUAAUAAAGAUAACCAAAUUCUGGUUUUUUAUUUUAUCAUCCAGGAUAAGAAAUUAAAAUUAAAAUAUUUAUAUUGCUGUUAAUUCUAUAUAUUUUGAUAAAAAACUUAAAAAAACCUCUAUUUUAAUAUUUUUGAAAAAAAAUUUGAUGAUAAUUUUAUAUAUUUUAUUCUUAAAAUUUGGUAUAUUACAUUUUUUUUUAUUAAAUUUGUAAUUUGUGAUCAUUUUUUAAAGUUCAGAGAAAAGUACUUAAAAUUAUGCAGUAGUAUAAUAAUGCUGUAACUGCAUUCGCUUAUUGAUUAUUAGUAUUACGGCUAAUUUAUUGACUGUACAGUCUUCUCUAAACUUUCAAAAAUUACUAAAAAUCAUGAAUUUAAUGAAAAUAAAAAGUUAUGUCAACAUUUCCAAAAGAAUAAAAAUCUAUAAAAUGGCUAUCCUCAAAUUUUUCAAAAAUAAUAAAAUAUAGUUUUUUACCAAACAUAAAAACCUAAUUGCAAUAAAAAUAUUUUUUGUACUUUUACCUGAAGGUAAAAUUAAAAACAAUUAGAAUUUGAUUAUCUUAUUAUCUCUGGAGAUAUUACGAUGUAUAUUUCUUCUUGGGACACUGUAUUAAAUCUGUGUAGUAUUUUAGUAUUCCCUAUUGGCAAUUACACAAUAUAUAAUAAAAAACCUGUCCUAGGAUAAUGGGUACAGGUGCAGCUACUGUUUUUGGUGGGAAAUUGGGAAGGUAGGGGAAGGACAGGAAUUUAAUGUAUAAUUGCAUGCAACAAUUAACUACUGCUAAUGAAAAAAUGAUUCUGAGCUGAAUUCGGUUGAUAAUGUUGGUUUGUCACCAAUAUAUAUUUCAUAUUAUGGUAAAAUAAUUACAUAUGCAUUAAUUUUCUUUAUAAAUAUUUGUUUAAUAUUGUACCUAUUUUCCCAUUAUUUUUGUUUUUUCCCUUUCAUUGGGAAAACUCUUGGGAAAAUCAAAAAAUGACCUUCCUAAAGUAUCUCCCCAGUCAGAUUUCUUUUCAGAGAAAAUGCUAUCAUAAUAAAUUGUAAUAAAAUUCUGGCAGUUAUCAGAAGAAGUUGUUCACAGUAAAAAAAAAAAAUUGAAUAUCUCUGUAAAAUCAAUAUAUUCCUCACUUCGCUUAGAAUUUAAACUGUCACUUGAAUAAAACUUAUUCUUUUCAAUAUUUUUUUUAAAUAAAUAGUAUGUCUUUACAUUUCAGUUUAUAUAUUACAUUUUUUUAAAAGUAUUUAAUUUUAGUGUAGAGGCAUACUAAUUAAUAAAUAAAAAAUGUAUAUAUAUAUAUGUAUAUUAGGAAUAUUGAAUAGAACAGAAGUUAUUUCACUGUAAAUCAUAGAUCAUCAUGGGGCAUUCUGUACAAAAUGAGCUAAUCUCUCUUUAUUCAGCAUGUUAUAGACUAGCAAAAAUCUUAAACUAAAUAUUUGUGUCAUGUCAAAAUGAUUAAAUAUUAUUAAUUUAUGGUUAUUCUUAGUUUUCAAUUUUAUUGUGAUUGAAUUUAAAAAAAAACAUUUAUAGCUGGUCUCCCCGUAAAGCUCACCAUGAACGCUAUACAUUAUUGCGAUCUAUUCAUGUCCAUAAAAAGUGCAGAGUACAGUAUGAAGUAAGAACAUGGUUCAGAUUUAUUCAUUUUCAUAAAAUUACCGGUUCCACUGCAGACACAUUUUUGGAGUAUACUCAGAGAAAUUUACCAGAAGGAGUGGCACUCAAGAUUACUAAAGUGAGUUGUAUACUAUACUGUUACUUAUUUUUAUUUUAAUAAUUAAUUCCAAUUAACCUUUUUUUUAUCCGGUUUCAGGUACUAUUGGAAAGUAUCCCUGAAAGUAUUUCAUCACACACAAAAUUAGACAUUUCUUAA